ACGACUCGACGUCACAGUCAAGCUUGGUCUCAUACUCUUCGCAGCUAUUCCCGAGGAGACUUCACUCGCACCGAAAAAUGGAAGACGAAAUUGCCGCCCUGGUUGUGGACAAUGGAUCCGGUAUGUGCAAAGCCGGCUUUGCUGGAGAUGAUGCCCCACGUGCAGUCUUCCCCUCCAUCGUGGGACGGCCCAGGCAUCAGGGCGUGAUGGUGGGCAUGGGGCAGAAGGAUUCCUACGUCGGUGAUGAGGCUCAGAGCAAGAGAGGCAUUCUGACCCUCAAGUACCCCAUCGAGCACGGCAUUGUCACCAACUGGGAUGACAUGGAAAAGAUCUGGCACCACACCUUCUACAACGAGCUGCGUGUGGCCCCUGAAGAGCACCCAGUGUUGCUCACCGAGGCCCCCCUCAACCCAAAGGCCAACCGUGAGAAGAUGACCCAGAUCAUGUUCGAGACAUUCAACACACCCGCCAUGUAUGUGGCCAUCCAGGCUGUGUUGUCACUGUAUGCCUCUGGUCGCACCACCGGCAUCGUGAUGGACUCUGGGGAUGGUGUCACACACACGGUGCCCAUUUACGAGGGCUAUGCGCUGCCACAUGCCAUCCUCAGGCUGGACCUGGCAGGUCGGGACCUCACAGACUACCUCAUGAAGAUCCUCACUGAACGUGGCUACAGCUUCACCACCACUGCCGAGCGUGAGAUUGUGCGCGACAUCAAGGAGAAGCUGUGCUACGUGGCUCUGGACUUCGAGCAGGAAAUGGGCACGGCCGCCUCCUCCUCAUCUCUGGAGAAGAGCUACGAGCUGCCCGACGGCCAGGUCAUCACCAUCGGCAACGAGAGGUUCCGCUGCCCCGAGGCGCUCUUCCAGCCUUCCUUCUUGGGCAUGGAGUCGUGCGGCAUCCACGAGACCACCUUCAACAGCAUCAUGAAGUGCGACGUGGACAUCCGUAAGGACCUGUAUGCCAACACAGUGCUGUCAGGUGGCACCACAAUGUACCCAGGCAUCGCUGACCGCAUGCAGAAGGAGAUCACCUCUCUGGCCCCCACCACCAUGAAGAUUAAGAUCAUCGCUCCACCUGAGAGGAAGUACUCUGUGUGGAUCGGCGGCUCCAUCCUGGCGUCCCUGUCCACCUUCCAGCAGAUGUGGAUCAGCAAGCAAGAGUAUGAUGAGUCCGGCCCCAGCAUUGUCCACAGGAAGUGCUUCUAAAGAGACUGUCGGACACCCCCUCCCCCUCCCGAACACACUGCUACCAACCCAAACAAGUGGCUCCCAUCAACACUGUAUGCUGAGCCUGCAGCACCUCUUUACCUUCAUCACUGAGCUCUGCAGGAAGUCCAGAGCCCCCCUCCUACAGGCAGUGUGAAUGUGAGGAAUGAUUUGUGGUUUAGGUUUCUGUUUUUGUUCCCCACCUUUAUUUGCCUCUAUGAAGGUUUCAAACUUCUGCUGCCGGGCUUUCCUCUUGCCUGACAGAACCUGUUAGUAUUGCUUUAUGUAAAUUAUCUUUUUUUUUUGUACUUUCAGCCUUAAGAUAUUUGCUCAAAUUUUUGUGAUUAUGCAAAAAUUAUAGAAGAAAAUGCUUGUACUUUGUCAGGUGGUGUUUGGAAGGUUUUUACAUGAGCUCUGGUUGCAUAAUCUAAUAAAGUGCACAUGUCUGAGA